AUGACAAAGCCAGCAAGACGCCACUGCGUAAGGGACCCAGGAACUGGCAAGUUCGCCCCUUCCUCCUCGGCCUCGCCUGCGGCGAAGAAGGUGGCCGCGGCUGCGCCCAAGAAGAUGGCUGCGCCUGCGGUGAAGAAGAUGGCCGUGCCUGCGGCCAAGAAGAUGGCCGCGACUAUGGCGAAGAAGAAGGCUGCGCUUGCGGCGAAGAAGAAGGAGGCCGGUGGCAACAAGCCAAUGGAGGAAGAUUCAUCGGCGAGCAGCAACAUGCUUGUGAUGUGCUGCGGCUGCUACAAAGGUACUCUGUCUGAUUUGUUGUUGAGCUGUGUUGAUGAGUUGGAGCAAGCUAAAAAUAUCCUCUAUGAAGCACUGGAACACGUCGUUACUAAACCCAUCCAAAAGAAGCUCUCCAAUUUGGGUUGGUCUCUCGAUGACUUGAUAGGAAAGGUUGAAACGAAGAGCAAGAAAUUCGAGAGGAAGCUGGAUGCCUUUGGUGACCAGCUGGGCGUCGUGGUGAAUACGCUCGACAAGGCAAAGUUUGAUAUCGACAUAAAUUCUGCUCAUGUUAAAUUUGCUUAUGCCCAAAUGAUGAAGAAAGCAGUUCGCCAACAUCGCUAUCAUCUGAAGAGGAUAUACUUUAAUCCUUUCCCGCUCCAUUUGGAUCAAAUGGAAAACAAGCUGUCCGGACUUGCAGAAGAUGAAGAGGCCCCUUCCGUGACUGAGGUAGUUGCCCGUGUGCUUGCUGAGAACACCAAGAAAACCAGAUUUCUGCAGAAUGUGGGGAUUCAGAGCAAAAAGAAAGGCACACUUAAAGAGCAACUAGCUGCAGAGAAGUUGGCAAAGGCUGCGCUCAAAUCGCAAAUGAAAGAGUUGUAG